AUAAUGAUAUGCGUUUAACUAAUUACACAUUGAUGAAAUAAUAAAAAAUUUCAUCCGUGAGAAGCUUGUGCGUGUGUAUAUAUGAAUAAGUGUAAGUAGUUAGUGCGACGGACCUCAGUAGUGUUAAAUUCUGAUUUGAACGUGUAGGUUUCGAAAUGGCUUUGUUGACAGAUCCAGGGGCAGGGUCAGGAAAAAUAAUAAAAUUUUUAUUAAGAUGGGAACGUCCGCUCUGUUUUCUUUUUUAUAUCAGUGGAAUUAUUUGGUUGUUACUUCUUGCCUUACCAACAUUUAAUGACAAUACUUAUUUCUCAGAGAAUGCAUUGUUACCAGGAUUAGUUACUAAAGAAAGUAAUUUGGAACAAACAUCAAAACAUUAUUAUCGCGAAUUGAUUCAUGAAAUGAAACGUUAUCCUGAUACAAUGCCAUAUGCUUGGCUGGCAGCUAAAUUAAAUCAGCUUCAGUUGGAUGUCUACGUACACAAUUUCUCAUUAAUAAAUCCAUUUCAAGAACAAAAAUUUACAGGACAAAAUAUAUAUGGAAUUAUAAGAGCUCCAAGAGCAGCAAGUACAGAAGCGAUUAUAGUUAGUGUACCUUUUAGACCAGUAAAUAGCAUUUAUUUAGACACUGCUCCCUCUAUUGCUCUCCUUCUUGCAUUUGCCAAAUUUUGUAGAAAACAGAAGUAUUGGGCAAAGGAUAUUAUAUUUUUAAUAACAGAACAUGAACAAUUAGGCAUACAAGCUUGGUUAGAUGCAUAUCAUGGAGUAACAAGUGGUAAUGAAGGUGUACUUAUACCAGGAGACCUUGCUGGUCGUGCUGGUUCCAUACAAGCUGCUAUUAAUUUAGAAUUACAUUCUAUGAAAAUUUCAUCCAUUGAUGUUAAGGUAGAAGGAUUGAAUGGACGCCUACCCAAUUUGGAUCUUUUUAAUCUAGCACAGAAUAUGAUUGCUAAAGGAGGAAUCAGACAUUCGUUUCAAAAACGUUUUGAUGUUAAAUACAAAAACAAAUUUAAAAACUGGUGUUAUCAUUUUAAUACCCUUCUCGCAAUGAUAGGUACGCAAGCUACUGGGAUUCCAACUGGUAAUCAUGGACUAUUCCACAGGUUUGGAAUUGAAGCAAUUACUUUGGAAGGUUUCGAGAAACCAGAACAACAGAACUCCGAUGAAAAUUUUUAUCAAGUUGGUCGUAUAGUAGAAAGUAUAAUUCGGUCGCUAAAUAAUUUAUUAGAACGUUUUCAUCAGUCUUACUUUUUCUAUUUACUUCCAUCCACUGAUACAUAUAUUUCUAUUGGUCUGUAUAUACGAUCCUUAGUUUUAAUUAUUGCUGGAGUGUUUAUAAAAGCAUUUUCCAUAUGGCAAAGGCUUCAAGUGUCCCCUCCUAUAGAGAAUAAGAAGAGUGCUACUACUACUAUUACCAAACAUUUAAAGAAAGAUGGAUUUGAUAUUGGAAUUAUAACUUCCGAAAUAUUAUGGGCGCAUAUUUUUGGAGUAAUAAUUGCUUCAUCACCAGGCGUAUUAACAUAUAUUGGUAGAAAGACAUGGAAUCUUCGUACAGAAGAUUCUAUAUAUUUUGGUUUUACAGCAAUAACUAUGUUAACUUUAAUGUGGCCACUUUAUCCUAAAAGGCAAAUGAAAUAUAAAAAUGCAGCUUUAAUUUGUGUAAUUGCAUCAGUAGAAUUAGCUACUGUAUUAAUGUGCGUAGCUAUGCACAAUUUUUCUUUAGCCCUUAUUGUGGCUGUAGUUUAUGUACCUGUGAUUUUACCAGUUACACCAAAGCAAAAAUCCAAUAGCAAAUGUCGCAGUUUACUUUCAUUUUUUUGGGUACUUUUACAUCCAUUUGUGAUCUCGAGUCUUCUCAUAAUAUGCUAUACAUACAUAAACUUCGCUACAGAUCCAUUUCUUUCAAUUUUGUUUCGUGGGUACCGUGCCACGAAGCAAGCAUAUGUAUUCAGUAUUAUGGACUCAAUGAUAUAUGGAAACUGGUUUUACAAUGUAACAGUUUCUACGAUGCUUCCCAUUUGGCUUUUGUUCUGGAAUAUCUUGUGUUCAAAUAGUAUAAUGCAUGCAUAAUAUGUAUAAAUUAUUUUUCAUUACAAGAAAACUAAUCAUUACAAUUUCAUGUAUUAUUAUCGGCUCUCAUAAUAUUAAAUAGAUGAGUGUUUCUUAUUGGAAGAAAGUUAUUAGGUUUAAUGAUACACUCAUCCCUCAAUUUAUGCGAAGUAUCUAUUCAACAUAGAUUCGUUUUACGUAAAUGAAAAUCAUGUAAAUAAAGUUUGUCAGUACAAAAAAAAAUAUUGAAAAUAAAAACUAAUACAUGUAAGUUUUAAAAAUACAUAUUUAUUUCAAAUAGCUUAACAAAAAAAAUGACAUAAAAAAUGUCGCAUAAAUUGAGAGAUAGGAGUACUUGUUUUAGUGGAGCAGUAGUAAAAUUCAAAUUAUAUAGAAAACAUAAGCAUACUUUUUACCCUUCAAAGAUACACAAAAUUGUGAAACAUUCUAUACAAUUAUUACAUUAAAUAUUAAACAAAAUUUUAAUAUCCUAUAGAGUAUUUACAGUCACUGUAAUUAUAAUUUGUAUACUUAUUAUAGAUGAACAUUCAUAUUCAUUAUUUUUUACAUAUUGUAUAAUUAUAAUGUGAAUUCAAGAUACAAAGAAAUACCCUAUUUGUA